CCCAGGUCUGGUGUAGCAGGUCCCCGGCCUUGGCUACCUGCCUCACGGAUUUGCUCACACUGAUUUUUUCCCAAACGCUUAGUGGUGUGCUCGGCUUACGAUGGGGACGAUGACCGCAACAUCAGCGACCCUCAACGCAACCCAGGACAUUCCGUUGGAUGAGGAGUCCAUGCUCAACUCGUGGGCGCUGCUGGCCACACCAUGGCCUGUUCUGGCCAUUCUCAGUUCCUACCUGGGGUUUGUGCUGUGGCUGGGCCCCAGUAUCAUGAGACAACGUAAGGCUAUGGACCUUCGUCACCUGAUGAUGGUCUAUAACCUCUACCAGGUCAUCUACAACGGAGCUCUCGUUGGAUGGUUCUUUACGCACAGUACUGCCAUUUCGUAUGUAAUCGAACAUGGAUGUCAUCCGCUGGACCCAAAGUUGAAUCCUUUAAGGACCGAGCUUCAUCUCGCAUCUUGGUGCUACUUGUUCGCUAAGAUCGUUGAUAUGAUUGAUACUGUGUUUAUGAUUCUACGAAAGAAAGACUCGCACGUGACUUUCCUCCAUCUCUAUCAUCACACCAGCAUGGUGGCGUUCUCUUGGCUCAGUGUCAAGUAUAUACAAGCUGAGCAAGGAAUAGUUCUUGGUGUGUUAAACUCAUUCGUCCACGUUGUCAUGUACACUUAUUACUUUCUGGCUGGACUAGGACCUGAAGUUCAGAAGUACUUGUGGUGGAAGAAAUAUAUCACAAAGUUACAGCUGACCCAGUUUGUGUUCGCCAUCAGCUUCAUGGUAUACCUGUUAUACAACCGGUGCACCGUACCUCAGGUCUACAAUGUUAUUUGGGUCGUCAAUGUUGCGGUCAUCAUGGCACUCUUCGUUAACUUUUACAUCCAGACUUACAUCAAGAAACCAGCUCAAAUCAAGAAGACCAAAUAAGAACUAGAAGCUGCACUGAGAUGUGACCAACACAUGGUCAAUACAUUAGCUUUAUACAUUGUUAUUCCAUAGCAUUUUACAUGUUAUUGUAAGAUUGGAUUUUCUAUCUAUUUUUUCUAUAAACACAAAUCCGUCCCAAAAUUAACGCAUAUUGUGUUAUAUUUAUGUGCUUAAUGUGUAAUAAAGAUUAACUUGUUACUAA